AUGGGCUUUCGCUUCAACCCUAAUAAACUUUUGCUAGUUUACAAGUCUAUUUUCCUUCAACCUCACGUACAAGCAGCGUACACACAUAUUACUGUUUCUUUUCUAAUCCGCUCUAGCGAGUGUUAUGCACUGGAUUAUCAAUUUUUCCGUCUAUCAUUUGCCAGUCUUUAUCUAGCCAGUUGGCUAUCCAUUAAUCCCUUCUACGUGCAACAGUUUAAAGUGGAGAGCAUUUCCGCACUUUUUACCGGUUGUUCGUGUGAUGGUGAAGUUUCUGUUGCCCUCUCUCCUUGCGAGAACACCUCAAAAAGCUCGAAGGCAUAUACAUGUAUCGUAGAUCGUUCUCAUUCUGUUGUUUCUUCUCUUUCCAGGUUUUGGUACAGACUAUUUGCAAACUAA